AUGAAGGCAGCGUGCUUUCAGAACCUGGUACAGGCCAACGUGAGGAACAAGAGGUUCCUGAAGGAUGCUGUGCGGAACAUCUCAGCCAAGGGCAUCACCAACUAUAAAGGCGGCUUCGAGUUGUUGAACGUGACCCAGGGCAGGGCGUUGUGUAACAAGAUCAUCAUGCUGUUCACUGACGGAGGAGAGGAGAGGGCCCAGGAGAUCUUCCAGAAGUAUAACGCUGACAAAAAGGUGCGGAUAUUCACGUUCUCAGUGGGCCAACACAACUAUGACAAAGGACCAAUCCAGUGGAUGGCCUGCACCAACAAAGGGUACUAUUAUGAAAUCCCCUCCAUCGGUGCUAUCAGGAUCAACACUCAGGAGUAUCUGGAUGUACUGGGAAGGCCCAUGGUCAAAGCAAACAACAAGGCCAAGCAGGUUCAAUGGACCAACGUUUACCAGACGCGCUG